AUGGCUGAUGACGAAGAAUUACCCGCUUACGCCGACUGUACCUACAAUAUUAUUGUUUCUAUCGCAGACGGGGAAGAAGAAGAAGGGGGAUAUUUUGAGCCGGAAGAUGAACACGUAGAAGAAGAAUCCAUACUCACAGAGUACGACCAGGAUGAUUUCUUCUCUGGGGCGGUCAAUUCACCAGACUCCACUAUACCUCUUGAUUUAUUCGAGUUUGAACAUUCUUACGGCUACGACUGCCAUAAGUACUUCAAUCUGUGCGCGUGCGAUGAAACGGUAGUUUGCUGGGCGGCUGGCAGCAUCGUCACGUUUCUGGACGUCGAAACUAAGCAGACCUGGUUCCGAAGGAGCACAACUGGCGGCUCUAUUGGACAUAUGACCAGUUACAGAACGGACCCCAACUACCGACUAGCCAUAGCCGAAGGCAAGGAGGGCGACCGGGAGCCCCUGAUCCUGCUCUACUUCUGGCCGCAGAUGGAGAUCGACGCCGUCCUACGCGACGGCACCACUAACGCAUACUCUAUACUCGACUUUAGUCCCGACGGUGAACUUCUAGCAUCAGUAGGCAAGGAACCGGACUACAACAUCACUAUAUGGAACUGGAAGCGACACAAAAUUCUGCUGCGCACGAGCGCGUUCACUUUCGACGUGAAUGCAGUCAAGUUCUCGCCAUAUUGCCCGGGACAGCUGACCACUGCAGGUGCUGCACACAUCAAAUUUUGGAAAAUGGCUCGCACAUUUACCGGACUAAAGUUGAAAGGAGAACUUGGUAGGUUCGGUAAAACUGAGAUUUGCGACGUGCUGGGAGUAUAUCCUAUGCCCGAUGAGAAGGUACUCUCGGGCUGCGAAUGGGGCAACGUUCUGGUCUGGGAGGCUGGGCUCGUCAAAGUAGAAGUGACUAAACGUGGCAGGAAAACGUGUCACAAGGCACCAAUCAUCCAAUUCAUGUUGAGCCCAGCAGGGGACGAGGUAACCACUAUAGCGCGCGACGGUUGCAUCCGCGCAUGGUACUGGGACACGGUGGAGCAGGCAGACCCGCCUGAAGACGACCCUUACGUGGAGCUCAACCCCGUAGCGGAAACUUGCGUGCCUGGGUGCCAAAUAAUGUGUCUGAAACAACAGAAAGACUUUUAUUGGUACGCUCAAGACGGCAACGGCGGCGUAUGGUGUGUGGACACAGAAAUCGAUAAGAUAGAAUGCGCACACCGAAAGGUAUACACGAGUCACGCGGGAGGCGUCGUGGCUAUGGCGGCGCUCCGUGGUUACCCUGUUCUUGUGACGGCUGGAAAUGAUGGCGCCCUACACGCCUACAGCACGGAGACCCAUACACUGCUAGCCAGAUACGUCUUUCUGAAGCCUGUGACCUGCAUGUUCUAUCCUCCCAUCGAUGUGGACCCAACAUCCCGGAUAAUCAUGCUGGGUUUCGAAGACGGCAUCAUGCGCACGCUGCUGCUGCACCCGGAGCGAUUACAGGCCAUCACCAGCCCCCUUAGCAUCGACGUGCAUUCCUCUCUCACCAUACACAGUGACACCUCGCUGCACCCUGACGUCAUCGACUUGAUCUCGCUGCUAAAACCGCAUUCGAAAGCCAUAAAUCAGAUAUCGAUAAAUAACCAGCGGACGUUAUUGGUGACUUGCUCUAAGGAAGAGACUAUAUUUAUGUACAAACUCAAUCUGAGCACGCCGUUCACUCUCGAAAGACUGGGGCUCAUCAAGACACCGAACAAUAUUGUGUAUAUGACUUGGAAACCAGAAGAGGAGUACGUGCUGCUGCUCUGCGGUCAAGUGGGAUUUAUUAUGGAAGCUGUGCUUCCGCAGGUCCAAGUGCGAAAAUACACAGAAAUUACCACAUUCAAACUGGAUUUUGUUUCCUAUAAGGAGAUUCUCGUGAAGAAGCAAUAUAUGCGCCAUCGCCCUUUCCCCGAGGAAGACGAUCUAGCCAGCAUCGACGAAGAGGCUCUGAAGGCGAAGGACGAAAGCGGAGGCAAGGACGACGAAGAGGAAGCGUGGAUUGGGGAAGUACAGCUAAUGGAAAGCGAAAGCAUGCUAGGAACCACUAUCACCUGGGCCGAGUACUGCGCCGAAGGUAUAUGGGUAGUUCAGAAGGGGACCGGUGCGUUGUUGCUGGUGAAGCCCGGUGGGAAUAAGAUCCUGAAAUACGGCCCUAUACCAGGCGCUUGGUGUGACGACAUCACGGCGUUGCAGUUUGUCUGCGAUCAUCGUUACCUGAUAAUAGGAACAAAUACAGGGUACAUUCGAGUGCUAAGAAUGCCGACUGAGGAGGAAGAUUCGGAUGAGCACCAUUACAUGACGUGGUUCACCGCUAUGCAGAGCCUGCUUAAGGAACUUAAAGGCCGGCGUUUGGCUAAAGAAGAGCCACAACCCACGCCACGCAUCGACUUCAUAGAUAAUUACUAUCUGCCGAUGCAUAAUCAGUACACUGGAGCCAUCACCUGUCUCGCCUUUAGUUCGGACGGAGAACGAUUUUACACUUGCGGUGCUGAUGGCAACAUUUUCUCCUACAAGAUCAACUUCUCCGAACCACUGAUGCCAACACCAGAAUUACCACCUGUUCCAGAGAUGCCGAAACCCGAGAAAGUAAGGGAGCCAAGCACCGUCGACGGUGAACUGAUGUCGCAUGAGCAGCUGAAGCAGAAAGAGGAAUACGACAAGAUGAUGGCGAUCGCCAACGCACACAAGAAACGAGUGCGGGACCAGCUGGCUGAACUCGCGUUUGAGUACAGCAAGCUCAUCAAGGCUAACAAGCUCCUACCAGUAUCACAACAAAUCGACGUCACUCUGGACCCGAGGCCCCUAGUUGUGCAGGAGAACGAACUAGAAGCAGCUAAAGCCCUGACCAUCAGAAAAAUGGCGCACCAACUAGAAGCUUCGGACCUGGCUUAUAAGAAGAUGCACUCGCGAAACAUCAUACAGUUGGACGUCUUUCCCUUUAUUUUGAAGGCCAUCAGAGACCCUGAAGUCAUUAUAAGACCGCUGAGGCAGAAGAAUUUGUCUGCAGAUUUUUUCGCGCAACUCGAAGAAGUCUAUAAGAUGAUGGCUGAAGCUGCUUUGCGGGGAAGGCGAACAGAGUCAGUAUCCCGCCGCGCUGCUACCCGUCGGCAGUCGAUGGCAAAGCCAAGAGUGGCUUCGUUCCUUCUCGGCUUGCCUCCAAAAUACCCGCAUCCACUGAAGAAGGCGCUACGGAACUAUCACCAGCGCUUGAAUAGACAUCACCUUCAGUUUGUCGAAUGGCAAACCCAUCUUUCCCGCAAGCCCGAUCCAAACGCCUUGCCCCCAGGGGCAGAAGCUGCUCUAAAGGAAGCGGAGGCAACAAUCGGCAACCGAGUGUUAAAGACUCAUCCCGACUAUGUGGCGCCUCCGGGACAUAAUACUCAGUUACGUGUAUGUCUGCUUAGAAAAGAGAUACACGACACCAAGCACGCGUUCAACGAAAAAGUGGUAGAGUUGCGUGACCACAAGGUACAUCUUGUGAAUUACAUGAAGCAAAUCGGCGAGCGGCUGGCUGAAAUAAGACUCGAAAUCCCACAGAAGAUGGUGCGCCCUCCACCCGCCAUUCCCGAUAUUGAUGAACAGCUGGAGUUUCCUGAGAAGAAUUUAGAGGUAAAACCAGAAGUAAAACUCCCCGCAGCCAGAGAAAGGACCAAGUCUAGAGCUAUGUCAAUAGGUCCCUCCUUAACCUACCCGCAACCUCGAAUUCGUCAGCCAAGAGUUGCCAGAUUCAUUCCUCUUUCCGAAUCACGCCCUCUCGCAGCAUCUUGGGAACUGUUGAAAGCAAGACAAGAUAUGGAGUCUACACCGAUGGAGGUGGAAAUAAGGGAAAGGCGCAUCGAAAGGCACCUGUACGAGCAAGAUAUGCUGCUCGCAGACGCAGAGGCCGCUGUCCAGAAGUACGACUCUCGUCUAAGACAGCUGCAGCGCGAACGAAUCAGGGUCCAGGAAAAGAACCAACUCCUGGAGCUGACAUUGUGCCAGCUCCACAGGGAGAUGAAUGUGCUCAACCGGUUUGAGGCACAUGAGGAUAGGUUGGCUGAGAGGGUCUACGUUAAACUGAUGCAGGUACGUGCCGUCCAGGAAAUGAUAAAGGAUUGCGAGCAACGUAUAGAAGAGCAUUUUGCCGAGAAGGAGAACCUAGAUGUACUCUGCCAAGAGCUACAGAGGCAGUUCAAGAAACUGGUCCAGGAUAAUAAGUUCGCAGAUUUUCUGAGAAGAAUCUUCAAGAAGAAGUAUCGUCCGCCGCGGGAUAGGGGUGAUGAUGAAUCCGAAUCGGAAUCUGAGUCGUCGUCCUCAAGCGAGGAGGAUGACGAGGGCAGUUUGGACAGCCGCGACAUCGGACCCAUCCGACUGGACCCCAACGUGUGCCCCGAGGGCUGCGACCCAGAUAUGUACGAGAAGACCUAUGAACUGAGGACCACCAGACACAGGCAUGAACAAGACAUGAUAGAGCAGGACCACUUAGUGGAAAUACUGCGAAAGGACAUCGACGCCCACAACAAAGUGAAGCGCAAGCUAUCUGUGCAGCUAGAUAAAAGGAAGAGCGAACUGAGAGAGUUUAUGUUGGAAAAACAAAGCUGCAUGAACGAAGUCGACCAAGUGGUGAUCCUCCGCUACGACCAGAUCAGGGCUGCUGCUCUUCAAGGCUGCUCGACUCCUGAGGGCCUGUCCAAUACUGUCGUGUUUCCCGAAGCCACUCUCAUGAGGCUGAGGAAUAGGGUGUUGGAGCUACAGGACGAGAUCAAGCUGCAGAGGCAGAGGCAGAAAGUGAACCGCACACAUCUAUUCCGCAUGAACAUCGACAUGAAAGCCAUGGAGUCCCAAGCGGAAGCCAUGAGGGCCGAGAUGCGCGAGGUUCUCACGCACAAGUUGGGUAAACCACGCAAAGUGGACAAGACGCUAGAUGACCUGCUGCGCCAGAUGGCCAGGAGGCACAAAUUCAGUGCUACGUUGGGGACCAUCACUCAGGUUCUGCAGCAGCUGAGGAAUUGGAGGGACCGUCACAGCAACCUGGAGAAAAAUUAUCUAACGGUGAUGAACGAAUACUCGGACCGUCUGCGAAAAGCGGCAGCGUUGCAGAGCAAUGUGCUGUACCAAAAGCCUCCACGGGGCGCGGGUCAAAUGGCCGGUGACUACGAGCCCGGGGUGUACCAGCGCGAUGUGGUGCGUUUGCGCAUAGUGCGCGCGCAGCAGCUCGAACAGAUCCAGACACUCCGCGCCGAGAUCCAAGCUCUGCGUCUAAAGCCGUUGUCUCCGCGCCCGCCUCUGCCGUCCGGCGACCCGCCGCCGGAUAGACGGGAACAAAUCUACCUGUUCAUGGCGCCCCGAUCUAUAGCCACGCCCAGGAAGAAGUACUUCCCCAUAGACAUAUCGACCGCAUCAGCUGAUGCCCCCUACGACGUGAACAUCAUGAAGCUGCUUUACGACGCGCUGGACACGCUUCACGCGUCCAGAGACGACGCCACGCAGCUGAUGCGGGACCUGACUGCUGUGCUGCCCGAAGUGCUGUCAGGAGCCAAAUCUCGCUACGAAGUGGUGGACAUGAUGGUGAAGAAAUGGCUUUCGAAACAUGGAGGCGACCCCAGCCAGUACAAGAAGCAGGUCCGGGCCUACGACACCCUCGCCGCGUUGGCUGACAAACUGCUGCGGCAACAUGUAGAGACGUUAGAAGGCAGUGGCGGUCACGAAGUGAUGGGCCAGCUCGAAGACGCGCUGAAAGACGUCUCGGGGAAACAACAGCCGUUGCGGCAACGGCUCGGGCCUGCGCUAGCCGCGCUGUUGCUUACAACUGAUAUCGCUGAUAUAGCUACUAAUGAAACCAUGGCUUCCCUCGUCAACGCUCUGACGGAAGACGGUCAACCGCUCACCGCGACGUCCAUAGACCAGAUACAAAUACAUGAAGUGGUUGCGGAUAUCAAAGAUUGCGGCGUACAAGCCCCCGAGAAGGAUUUAGAAGGUGUGGUGGAGAUGGCCAGGGAUUGCUUGAAGGCGCAACUUCUCUCGGAACACGAGGCCAAGUUGUUGGACGAGGAAGUCGAGAGGGCGCUGGCAGAAUCACGAUCCCCCAGCGCCACUAGCAGGCCUGGCACCACGGACCGCUCGCACAGCGGCACGGGCACCCGCACGUCGCGCAGCGGGCCCGGCUCGGGAGACCGCAGCGGGCCCGGCUCGGGAGACCGCAGCGCUUCAACCGCAGAGAGCGAACACAGUCUGCGGAGUCACGCGCCGAGUGGCAGCAGCAAGACUAGCAAACGGUCCAAAAUGCCGAGCGGCGAUGCUUCCGAGGCUGAGGAUUCAGAUCAUGGUCAAUUGUAA